AUGGUAGGUAGCAAACUGAAUAAGCAACGACGAGGUAGGUCGCGUGCCGUGCAUCAAUGUGUAAAGUGCGGAGACUACUUUCGUCAUACGCGAAAACUCGUGGAGCAUCUGAAGAACCUGCACAACAUCGACCGAGCGUUCAGCUGCGACGAGUGCAACAAGACGUUUCGCAGUCCGAUGAACAUAGCUCGCCACAAACUGAUCCACACGGGACUGAAGGUGUUUACCUGCGAUCUGUGCGAGUACAGUACCAACCAGAAGUCUAAUCUGGAGUGCCAUCGUCGCCGGCAUGCUAAGGACUAUAGCUUCAAGUGCGAAACGUGCGGCAAGGGCUUUUUCCACAGAACUGAAUACUUGGAACACGAGAACGUACACACGAACAAGAAUCUGUACCGCUGCGAGCAUUGCUGCAAGCAUUUCUCAUAUAAGAAGAACUUGUUGAUGCAUCUGGCGACGCAUCACGCCGGCAAACAAAUCGCUGCAACUGCGAGGAACGCGAAAACGAGGCACGCGUGCAAGUUCUGCCCGGAGAGAUUUGUGUACAAGAGACUGUUGGAAAGGCACAUGAAGAAUCAGCACGGUUUCGCGGACGCGCCGGUGAAGCACCUGUGCGACCUGUGCGGCGCGAAAUUGUCGUCGAUGAGACGACUGACGGUGCACAAACGCAAUCACGCGAACGAGAGGAUCUUCGAGUGUGACACAUGCGACAAGAUGUUCACCAGCAAGGAGAACCUGAGCAUUCACAAGCGGACGCACACGGACGACAAACCGUAUGUCUGCCCGCAAUGUGGUCGCGGUUUCACGCAGAGGACGUCCCUGGUGUUGCAUCUGCGGUACCAUUCAGGACAGAGACCUUACCAAUGUUCGGACUGUGGUAAGGGAUUCGUAUCCAACACUUUGCUCAAGCGGCAUCGCAAAGUGCACGAGAAGAUCACGCAGCCGAAGCUGUAA